AAUUUGUUAAUAAAUAUACUGAUGGCCGAACAUAUCCCUGAAGAGAGAGCCCUUACAGAGGAGGAAAGACAAAAAUACGACCGAGCAGGGUUUAUUGGGCAUCAAGUCCAAAAGAGACUUUUAGCCUCCAAUAUAUUAAUCGUAAAUAUGACAGGGAGCAACACCGAAUUAGCCAAAAAUCUCAUAUUAGCAGGUGCCAACAUAACCAUUGUGGACAAUGAGAUAAUCAAUGAAAGGGACACUGAUACCAAUUUCAUUUUUACGAAAUAAUUACUAGGAUAAAAAAGAGGUUAAAUAGCUCAAGAGGAACUCAAAUUGAUAAAUCCGUUAGUAAAAAUAGAUUGGCUCCAGGAAUUCCCAACUCCAGACAAACUCAUCAAACACAAUGGCAUAGUCACAUCUACCACAGAUUUUGAAGAAAUGAUCAAGUACGACAAAUUGUCAAGGGAAAUCAACAUCCCUUAUUACAAUCUAGUGUGUUGUGGACACUAUGGGUUUAUGUAUAUAGGAUUGGGAUCCAAAUUCACAUAUGAAAGAGAGAAAAAAGUGGUUAUGCAGAUUGUGUUUGGGAAGAAAUUGUAAGAAUAGGAUAGAUACAGAGAAUUUGAAGAAGUCAUUGCUCACUCUGUUCCAUUAGAGGAGACAUUGAAUUACAAUUACAAACCUCAAGGGAUGUUGAUCAACACCAUUUAUUAUUGUCUUUUGAUGAUGAAAAAGGCACAAGAAAUUCCAGAAUUGAAAGCCUAUGAUCCAUAUCAACCAAAUGACGAGUUAUUGGACAAAUUCACUUAGAUUGGCAAGGAUAUCUAUAAGGCUGCAAAUGGGAAGGAUGCUACUGAAGAAUAAGCAAAUACAUUUAGGGAUUUUGCAAGACUUUAUGGAAUUGACUAUUGUCCAGUGUACUCUGUUGUAGGCAGUGUGGCUUCAUAGGAAUUGAUAAUUUCAACUAGUAGAAUUAACGAACCGGCUCUGAAUUGGUUUUGUUAUGACAGUGUGUAAUCAUAUGGUUAAGUGGAGGUGAUUUAGGAUGUGUCAUCAUUCAAAGUUAGGGAUUUACCAGAGAGAAAGCAAUUAGUUCCCAAAGAAUGA